UUUUAUCGCAUUUUUCGAGAUAAGGGAUGCACGUGCAUACACAUAUCGCAUAUUUGGCUCAAAUAACGUAGUAAAAACAAACAAAACUGGUGAUUGUGGUGGUUUUGUGUUGCCCACUCUGACUCACCAGUGACAGUUCAACAUUCCCGCCACUAACAAUUAAUUAAACAAUUAAUAGCGUAAUUUGUGUGUUAAUUGUGCCAAAAACCGCAACAAUGUCAAUAACACACCCCGCGGAAGCGCUAAAUUUAGAUUUCAAACAACAACGCCUAUUUGUGGACUUUUUCAACAAUUUACCCCAGAAACCAUCCUCCACUUUACGUUUCUUCAGCCAUGGCGAUUUCUACACCCUCCACAGCUCUGACGCCACAUCCGCGUCCACUUUUACGGGGAACAUCGUCAAAUACAUGGGGGAAGACCCCCAGCUGUCGUACGUUGUCCUCCGAAAGUCCCAAUUUGAGCAAUACGUCCGGGAGUUGCUCCUCGUUCGCCAAUACCGCGUGGAAGUCUACGUCAAAAGCUCCCCCAACAAGAUCAACGACUGGACGUUGAAAUACAAGGGUUCCCCCGGGAACCUCUCCCAGUUCGAGGACGUCCUCUUCGAGAACGCCUCCAUAACCUUCAGCAACGACGUCCUGGGCCUCAAAGUGACCAAAGGCCGAAUCAUCGCAGCGGCCAGUGUGAAUUCAACCGAAUUAAAGUUCCAAGUGUGUGAAUUCAGUGAUAACGAGUGUUUCACCGAACUGGAGGCCCUGAUCGCGCAAGUGGGCCCUCGCGAGUGUGUCAUUCCGCAAGGGGAAACCCCCGAUUUAAUCGAGUUGAAGAAAGUGUUAGAACGCAAUAGUGUGCUAGUGGCUAGGGCGAAAAAAAGCGACUUUGGGGCCGAAAACAUUGUACAGGACCUUAACAGGCUCCUGUACUUUGCCGAAGGCCACCAAAGGAGUUGCCUCAGUUUCCCCGAAACCCACAAUUCGGAAGCCCUCACGUGUCUGAACGCUGUGAUCAAGUUCCUGAACUUGACCGGAGACGAGCAAAACUUUAACCAGUUCAGGAUUAGUUCGCUCGAUGUCCACCGUUACGUGCGUUUGGACAACGCAGCUCUCUAUUCACUCAACAUCCUCCCUAAACCGGGGGUUAACACACUUGAGUCUACAAACCAAACAAGCAAGAAUUUCAGCUUGAAAGGGAUUCUGGACCAUUGUGUUACCCCUCAGGGUCGCCGAUUGCUCGAAACCUGGAUCAAGCAACCCUUGAAAGACUUGAACUUGAUCCAGGAACGGCACGAAAUCGUCGAAACCUUUGUCAAAAACCCACAGCUGAGACAGGACCUCCAAACCGAGGUCUUGGCUCGCUUACCCGACCUCCUCCUCCUCUCCAAAAAACUGUCCAGUCAAAAAGCCACGCUGCAAGAUUGCUAUAAAGUGUAUCAAGUGGUCGCGGCUGUUCCCCUCCUCCUCAAAAACCUCAAAGAGGUUGAUAACCCCUCCCUCCAAUCCGCCCUAAUCCACCCGAUUGAGGAGUUACGCAACGACCUGGACAAGUAUCAGGACAUGAUUGAGGAACUCCUGGAUUUGGAGCUAGUCGAUCGGGGGGAGUUCCUGGUCAAGAGUAGUUUUAGCCCCGCUUUGGAGGAAAUCUCAGCCAGGAAGUUGCAAAUUGAGGAACGCAUGCAGAAAUUAUUGAGGGCGGCUGCCAAUGACUUGGGCUUUGAGGAGGAGAAGACAAUCAAGUUGGAUUAUACCGACCAACACCGGUAUUUUUUCCGCGUGACUCUUAAGGAGGAGCCGGUUUUGAGGUCCAAUUCGCGUUAUCAGAUUCUGGACGCUGUCAAAGGCGGUGUUAGGUUCACUAACAGCAAACUGGCCGAGCUUAAUGACGAUUACGCCGAGGCGAAAGCCGAGUACGUCGAGCAACAGAAAACUAUCAUUUCGGAGAUGUUUGCUGUGGCAGCCGGCUAUGGCGAUUGUUUGCGCAACUUGAACAUGUUCAUAGCCACGGUUGAUGUUUUGGUGGCGUUUGCCAACGUGGCAGUGUGGGCACGUGUGCCGUACAUACGGCCCAAAAUGUUCGAGGCUGGUCAAAGCCCGCUCAAGUUGUUCAAAGUGAGGCAUCCCUGUAUCGAGCAACAGGAACACGUGUCGUUCAUUCCCAACAGUGUUGAGUUUGACUCAGAGCACACUUUGCACAUAAUCACAGGGCCUAACAUGUGCGGGAAAAGCACCUACAUUCGGAGUAUCGGCGUUUGUGUCUUAAUGGCCCAGAUUGGGUCGUUCGUGCCGUGCAAUUACGCCGAAAUACCGAUAGUUGACGCGAUUCUAGCACGUGUGGGUGCUGAGGAUUGUUUAUUGAAGGGUCUGAGCACGUUUAUGGUGGAAAUGAUCGAAACGGCCACGAUUAUCAAGAGUGCCACGCCGAAUUCACUUGUUAUAAUUGACGAGUUGGGGAGGGGGACGUCCACUUACGACGGGUGUGGCUUGGCAUUCGCUAUAGCUGAGUUUUUAGCCAAAGAAAUCAAGUGUUUUUCGUUGUUUGCCACCCAUUUUCACGAAAUUACGCGUCUGGCGGAGAUGCAUCCCAGUGUGUGUAAUAAGCACGUGACCGCGGUCACCACUGAUAACACUAUUACGCCCCUUUAUCAGAUCAGGGAUGGGGAGUGUGAUAACAGUUAUGGGAUCCAUUGUGCGCGCAUGGUUGAGUUUUCCGAUGAUGUGAUUCAGUCGGCCGUUGAGCAUCAGAAGAAGUUGGAACAUACGGCGGGAAUGCAAUUUCUGAGGGACUUUGAGCCGGUUUUACGGCGCCAAGUUGUUUCAGAAGGCGAUAAAAUAAUCCAAGAUGCUUUAGAGAAGGUGAAACGUUUGGAUAAGUUAUCCGAUGAGGAUUUGGUCAAGGAAAUAGCGAAACUAAAGGAAGAGCUUGAAGGGACUGGAAAUUUGUUUAUUAAAGGCUUGCUUCAAUAAAUUCUUUCGUAUUU